UUCACCUGUGUUUCAACUUUGACAUGAAGAACUUUAAGGUCUUCUCUGGUUCUGAAGAGACUCAGUUUGGAUACACAGUCCAGCAGCAUGAGGCAGGAGGGCGCCAGUGGUUGUUGGUUGGUGCUCCCUCUGAAUACACAGGAAAACUACAAACUGGUGACGUGUACAAAUGUCUGCUGAAUACUAGACGACCUUCAAACUGCAGCAGACUCAACAUGGGGAAACUUUCUCUUGACAACGUGACAGAAAGGAAAAACAAGAUGAGGUUAGGAAUGACGCUAACCUCCAGCCCUAAAGACGACAGUUUUGUGACCUGUGGUCCUCUUUGGUCUCAUGAAUGCGGAAGUUCUCUGUACAGCACGGGCGUCUGCACCAGAACCACGCAGAACUUCAAACUGAAACAAAUCUUUGCACCUGCCUUACAGAGGUGUGAAACGUUUAUGGACAUUGUUAUUGUUCUGGAUGGAUCCAAUUCCAUCUACCCCUGGUAUGAGGUGCAGAACUUCAUCAUAAACAUUUUGCAGAAGUUUUACAUUGGUCCAGGUCAGACACAGGUGGGAAUAGUUCAGUAUGGCUCCACAGUGGUCCAUGAGUUCAGUCUGGGUGAAUACCAGACAGUGGAGAAAGUACUGGAGGCUGCUCGGAACAUUGACCAGAGAGGUGGAGAGGAGACAAGGACAGCCCUGGGUAUCAAUGUGGCUCGGUCUGAGGCGUUCCAGCGUGGGGGCAGGCCAGGUGCUCAGAAGGUGAUGAUCGUGGUGACGGACGGUGAAUCUCACGACAGCCCUCAGCUGCUGCAGGUCAUCAAGGACAGCAGGAAGGACAACAUCACCACUUACGCUAUCGCUGUCCUGGGUAGUUACAACCGUAGAGGAAUCAACCCUGAAGCCUUUCUGAAUGAAAUCAAGUUCAUAGCCAGUGACCCUGAUGAGGAGUACUUCUUUGAAGUGACAGAUGAAGCUGCACUCAAAGACAUUGUGGAUUCUCUGGGAGAGAGAAUUUUCUCCCUGGAAGGUGUCAGCAGUCAGGGGAAAGGAUUCAAUCUUCAGAUGGCUCAGGCAGGUUUCUCUUCAUAUUUAGUCCAAGACGGUGUUCUGCUUGGAGCGGUGGGGGCCUAUGACUGGAAUGGGGCGGUCUUGAAAGAAACUAAACGUGGUAAAGUUGUUCCACCAAAAUCAUCCUACAAAGAUGAGUUUCCAGAGGUCCUGAAGAACCAUGCAGCCUAUUUAGGUUACGCUCUGGGUUCAGUUAAUUCAUCAAGUGGCUCCCAGCUCUACGUGGCCGGAGCUCCCAGGUUCAACCACACAGGAAAAGUCAUCAUCUUCACCAUGAAGGACAACGGAAACCUCACCAUCCUGCAGGCUCUGCUGGGAGAACAGAUUGGGUCAUAUUUUGGCAGUGAAUUGUUAUCGAUGGACUUGGACAGCGAUGGACGCACAGACUAUCUGUUGGUGGCAGCACCCAUGUUCUACAGCCAAGGAUGGGAGAAAGGACGGGUUUAUAUCUACGCCCUGACAUCAGAGACCUCGUUCACUUUACAAGGGCUGCUCGAGGUGUCAGACCAAUCCCAGAACUCUCGUCUGGGUUCUGCGAUGACCCAGAUAGCUGACAUGAAUGGAGAUGGACUUCAGGAGCUAGUGGUGGGGGCUCCACUGGAGGAUGACCACCAGGGGGCAGUCUACAUCUUUCAUAGCAGGGAUAAAAAGAUUCAACCACAGUACAAACAGCGUCUGUCUGCAGCUGGUUUGUCUACAGGUCUGCAGUAUUUCGGUCAAAGUCUUCACGGGGUUCUGGACAUCAAUGCAGACGGGCUUGUUGAUCUUGCGGUAGGAGCACUGGGAGCUGCUGUCAUUAUUUGGUCUCGGGCUGUGGUGGAGAUCCAGACCAGACUGACCUUUGAACCUGAGAGGAUCAACAUCUUUAACAAGGACUGUCAGCGAGGAGGGAAGGGUGUGACCUGCAUGUCUGUGACCGUCUGUUUGAGUCUGCACAGCAGGGUCAAACCCAAGGCGAAGACAAAAACACAAGUGGGGAUUUGGUACAGCCUGAAACUUGAUGAGAGGAGGUUCCCGCCCCGAGCCAUUCUGGAUGAAGCCCACCGACAGCAGCCCAGAAAUCUUUUUCUGCAGACUGGGAGUCAGAAAUGUCAACGACUUGGUUUUUUCGUCCAGGAAACACCAGAUUAUGGGCGUCCUGUAGUGGUUGUUGUGGAAACAGGUCUGCAGAGUCAGGAUGAGGGGCCGGUGAUGGAUCCAGACUCAGCAAACACCUUGAGAACUGAGCUUCAUUUCUGGAAUGGAUGUGAACAAGAGCACACCUGUGUUCCUGACCUCAUCCUCCACAGUCACACUGACCUGCCGAGCGUUCAGGAGCUGUGCAGCCGCAGGGACCUGGCUGCCGUGUCCCUCUGCAGCCAGCAGGCAGAGGACAGAGAGCGGCUGUUCGUUGUGGAGCCUGGACGAAGGAGGGUGACGGUGUUUGCUCGUCUGGAGAACCAGGGAGAGAACGCCUACAGAGCUGCCAUCCACAUUUCCACCUCUGCCAACCUGCUCUUCUCCAGCCUCUUAGUAAAGGACCAAUCAGAGGUCCAGAUUGAGUGCUCCACUGAGAACAGGACUGCUCCUCAUAGGAGCUGCAGCAUCAGUGCUCCAUUCAUGAAGUCCUUGUCCCAGGUAACUUUCCAACUGGAGUUUGAAUUCAACUGUUCUGUUUUUCUGGAUCAUGCAGAAGUUGUCAUGGAGGCCACCAGUGAAGGAGAGGAGGGAUACCCCGAUGACAACAUUAACAACAUCUUCCUCCCUUUAAGAUAUCAAACUAACCUCCUCUUCACCAGAGACCCCAACCCUCCUCGAUUUGAAAUCAAAGCUGACUCGUCCUCAUUAUUGGAUCAAACAGACACCAGCUUUCCUGUCUUCAACCUCACUUAUUAUAUUCAGAACCUGGGCUCAUUUUCAGUGGAGAACAUCCUAUUCAAGACAGAUAUCUGGGCUGUGACUCAGCAGGGGAACCAGCUGGUGGAAAUCACAAACUACAGCAUCCAGCAGGAAGUGGCUGAGUCCUCCUGCCUGCUGCCUGAACUUGAAACACCCAGCUUUAAAAGACAAGAAGACCUGUCUCACCUGCCACAGCUGAACUCCAGCAACAGUGAGAACAUAGAAGUCAGCUGCAGUUUCAGUCUGUCACCCUCAGGACUGGUAAAGGUCACCAUCACAGGAAGACUUCAGCUCCCUGUUCUGCUCACUGUAAGCUUCAAGUCUCUGGAACUGCUGACCUUGGCCUCGGUCCAGCUGGAGACAUCUGGUCCCAUGUUCCUGCAGGAGGACAGGCUUGUUAGACAGAUAAUCCUGGAUGUAACGAAGGAGGGAAAGACUUCCAUCCCAUUCUGGAUUAUAUUGGGCAGUUUUCUGGGAGGCCUGCUGCUCCUAUCCUUACUGGUGCUGGGUCUCUGGAAGCUCGGCUUCUUCAAGAGACAGAGAAGACAGGAAGAGGAGGAGAAGUCUGCAGCCAAUGGGAAGGCAGAGCAGCAGAGGUAAUAUUUUUCUGACCUCAGUGUGGCUCCUCGACACCUGACUCAUCUGAAAGAAUCACUUUGAUCUGACAGCUUUUAGAAAGGAUUUACUCACCUGGAUUUUUUUUUCCUGUUUUAUCACUAAGUAUUUUAAUGGCGUUUUAUCUGGUAGACUAGCAAAAAGUAGAAUACAGUUGUUAAAUGAAAAUGAUCCAUGGUUUUUAACAUCUUUCAGAAAAAUAAGAGAAAAGUUUGUUGUGCUUUUGGAUUACCCCAGCUAAGUCAGCACUUUGUAGAUCUGCUUUUCUCAGGUCUUUUAGAGUUUUUGUGUCUACAAGCUUUUCACAUCUGGAGAUGAAAACGUUUGCCCUUUCUUUAUAGAACAGCUCAAAGUUAGUCAAACUGGAUGGAGAAAAGUUUACAAUCAAACUUCAAGCAGAGCUUGUCCUGACGUUCUGUCAACAGCAGCGUCCGUCUCAUCCUUCCUCCACCGAGGACAGGUUUGUGGAGACUAAUAAUUGUCCUGUGGACAGAUUGUCCCACCUGAGCUGUGGAUCCCUGCAGCUCCUCCAGAGUUACCAUGAGCUUCUUCUGGACUCCCGCUCUCCCAUCUCUGUCAGUUCAGGUGGGCCGUCAUGUCUUGGUAGGUCUAGUUGUGUUGUACUCUUUCCAGUUUCAGAAGAUGGAUUGAACAAAGUGGUGUGAGAUAUUCAAAAUUGUUUUAUAACUUAAACUCAAACCCCUGGGUCUGGCAGAACAUCUGGAUUCAAACUCAGAUUGAACAACAAACAGGUGUUACUGAUCAGCUGACUUCUGAAGGAGGAGGAUUUUAGUUGAAGCUAUCAGAAUGAAGGGGGUGAAUAUUAAUGCACAAACAACUUUUCAGAUUUGACUUUUUUUUUAAUCAUGAAAUCAUGGAUCCUUUUCUUUCACCUUCACAAUUAUGAGCUGCUUCUUUCACAAAAUCUCAGUAAAACAGAAGUUUGUGUUGUAUCAUGACAAAAUGUGAAAAUGUUGGUUUGUCUGUAAAUGUACAGUCAUUAAAUGUACAGUUAUAUUUAAUAAAAACAUCUUUAUAACUCAGUUAGCUUCAGACCUACUCAGCAUGACUAUCUCUAAAGUAAAGUUUAUUUGUUUUUUAAUGAUCUGAUUCAUUGUAAUAUUGGUUGUUUUAGGUGUAAAUCAGUAGUUUGUGUUACCCUCCUCUGGGAGAGAAUGCACUAUCACAAGAGUCUUAUUUUGUUGUUCCCAAAUGAGGGAGAAAAAUUAUGGUGCAAUAAACUUGAAUGAAACUACAA